AUGGCUCUCCAUCAAUUUGACUACAUUUUUGCUAUUGGAACCAUCUUUGCAUUCCUUGACGCAUGGAAUAUCGGCGCAAACGAUGUCGCCAACUCCUUUGCGACGUCAGUUUCGUCCCGAUCCUUGACCCAUCUACAAGCGAUGAUGAUUGCCUCGGUCAUGGAAUUUGCUGGCAGUAUGGGAGUGGGUGCUCGUGUCGCUGACACGAUUCGAACCAAGAUUAUUGAUGUGGACCGCUUCGAGGAGAACCCAGCUCUGUUAAUGUUGGGCAUGGCUUGUGCUGUCGUGGCGUCGUCGACCUACCUCACUGUUGCGACCAAGCUCGGUAUGCCAGUAUCCACAACGCAUUCCAUCAUGGGAGGCGUGAUCGGCAUGGGAAUUGCAUUAGUUGGCGCCGACGGUGUCAUAUGGUGGGGAGGGGACGUCAACUCGGGUGUGGUCCAAGUCUUUCUUGCCUGGGUUUUAGCUCCUCUCAUCGCAGGAAGCUUUGGAUCUAUUAUCUUCCUUAUCACUAAGUUUGGGGUCAUGCAAGGCCGAAAUCCACUUAUGAGAGCCUUGGCCAGUAUCCCAAUCUAUUUUGGUAUCACCUCAGCCCUUCUCACCAUGCUUAUUGUCUGGAAAGGAGGAUCUUCCAGAAUAUCCAUCAGUGACUCCGAAACUGUUGGCAUCAUCAUCGGCGUCGGGGCGGCGGUUGCCGCGAUCAUGGCCACCUUCUUCCUCCCGUGGCUGUAUCGGAAACUCUGGAAGAACGACUGGGAACUCAAAUAUUACCACAUCAUUGAGGGCCCGCUUCUGCUGUGGCGAGCCGAGCCGCCGCCUGCACCUGAGGGCUAUUCUGCUGUGAGAGACUAUUACGAGGGUCAUAAGACUAUGGAAGAACUCGAAGCGCAUCGGGCUGACGGUAGCCUCCAAGACAAAUCUGAAGAUCCAGAACACAACGGCGAGCUCGACAAAGGAAAUGGAAUUACUACUUCCGGCGAAAAAGGUUCAAGCUCGCGCGAUAUAACACCUCAGUCUUCAUCGGAGACACAACAUAUCAAAAUUGUUGGACCUCGACCGGAAGGAAAGAAUACCCACCCCAGGGUUCUCUUCUGGCACUUUAAGCGUUACUUCUUCCGAGGUAUUGAGAAGGACGUGGUUGCCCUUCAGAGCAAGCGUAACAUCUUGUCUGGGGAUCUUGAUUUGAUGCACGCCCGUGCUACCCACUACGACAACAAGGCCGAGUACUUGUACUCGUUCCUGCAAGUGAUGACUGCGGCUACAGCAUCGUUCACUCAUGGUGCAAAUGAUGUUUCCAACGCCAUUGGCCCGUACGCAUCCAUAUACUACAUCUGGUCUACUGCUCAGCUUAAGUCUAAGAGCCCCGUACCCUAUUGGAUUCUGGCUUUCGGUGGCGCUGCCAUUGUCAUUGGUCUCUGGACGUACGGCUACAACAUCAUGCGCAAUCUUGGAAACCGUAUUACUCUUCACUCGCCAUCCCGAGGUUUCUCGAUGGAAUUGGGCUCUGCCAUCACUGUCAUUAUGGCUACGAAGUUGAAGCUCCCAAUAUCCACCACACAAUGCAUCUCUGGAGCCACUGUUGGCGUUGGUCUGUGCAGCGGAACAUGGAGGACCAUUAACUGGCGUAUGGUUGCCUGGAUCUACUUCGGAUGGAUCAUUACUCUCCCUGUCACUGGCAUAAUCAGUGGUUGCAUUGCGGGAAUUAUUAUCAAUGCUCCUAGAUGGGGCCUGUCGCUGUAG